CUCCCCCUGUCAAAUAAAGCUCGGGAACAUGGUUUUUCAUAUUUUUAUCUCUUUUCCCUCCCCUCACCUUACCUGUUAAAAAUGAGUCUCGGGCAGAGUGUUAGUAAAGGGAAAACAAACAGGGUCCGUCAAAUUAAUCAUCCCCAAACCUUGUGUUAACCGCCAGAGUUCAAAUUCAUUCCGCUAGGGUUUCUUUCUGCUUUCAAGAAUAAUGGAACUGAUUCAGGGGACACAUAAAGCACCACAAGAUUUUAUUAGCAACAUGCCUGAUAUUGUCAUAAAUAAUAUUCUGGACCGAUUGCCGUUCGGAGAUGUAGUGAGGACCAGUGUCUUGUCAAGAACCUGGAGGUUUAAGUGGACUAUGAUUAACCAACUCGUAUUGGAUGUCGACUUCUUUGAUUCAAUAGAAACAGAAGAAGAAGACGAAGACGAAGAAGAAGAAGAAGAAGAAGAAGAAGAAGAUGACGACGAAGACGAAGGUAAUAAGGAGAGCAUUGUAAGUAAGAUUCUUCGUCAACUUAGAGGUCCCAUUACAAAGUUUGAACUCUCCGUAGAUGAUAUAUCGGAUGCUGAUGAUAUGGAUAAUUGGAUUUUGUUCUUGUCGAGAAGAGGACUUAAGGACCUCACUCUUAUGAGUUGGGAUGCGAAUCCACUCGAGUUGCCUACCCAUCUUUUCUCUUGUGUAGAGUUGAAACAUUUGAAACUUCGUAACUGUUCUUUCAGUCUUCCACCUACUUUUCGUGGUUUUCCAAACCUAUUGAGCUUAGACUUGUGUGUGGAGUUUGAAGAUAAUACUCAACUUGGGGAGUUUUUUACUCGGUGUCCUUUGCUUGAGAAGUUGACCAUGGAUGACCUAUUUGAAAUGGACAAAGUAAAUAUAGUUGAGAUUGCAAAACAAGAAAAUCUGAAAAUAUUAUCAUUGAAAUUUCAUGAUUCUGAUGAUGAGACGGCCACUAGUUCCUGUAAUAUCUUUGAGCUUGUGGGUUCUCUUCCAAAACUUCAAGAGCUUCAUUUGGAUUUUGAAGAGUGUCAGUUGAUAGAAGGUGGUGAUAAAAAGAGUUUCUUUACUGCCUUUCCCUGCCUCAAGGUUCUUAAAUUAUCAGAUAUAUGUUUGGACAAUGGUAUUAUGUUUUCAUUUGCUUUUGAGUUGAUCAGAAGCUCCCCAAAUCUGCAGACUCUUGAAAUCACACCAAGUAACUGGAAUGCGGAUUCGCCUCCACAAGUAGACUACAGUACAACGAGGCUGUUGCAGCUUCAAAGUGUGAUGUUUGACUGUUUGAAAGGUUCAGAGAAUGAAUUACGGUUGAUGAAGUAUCUACUUGCGUGUUCCCCUUCCCUAAAAAGGAUGCAUAUUUUUUCCCGUUUUUUCUCAUCGGCUGAAGAAAAGGUGGUGUUUAUUAAGAAGUUGUUGAAGCUCUAUCGAGCCUCCCCCGUAGUUGAAAUCGAACUCUUUUGGUAUUAGUUGUUUUGAACUAUUUUCUAAAUUAGAUUCAUAUUUAUUUGUAUGAAUUUAUGGCCUGAUUGUGUAAUAUGCUCCAGGGGGUUUAUAAAUCGGGUCGGUUAUUCAGGUU